GCUUGUCGUUCCUUGCUUUUACCUUGUAGGAAUUCCAGGAUUAGGCAAAUAGCACUGGAACAAGGUUUCCCCAGUUCCCGUUUGGAAAAACGCCCUCUGGCAUAAAUACCCCAAUAUCCCCACUUUUCUUGCCUCAUUUCAUCUCUUUUUUUUCUUCCUCAUAUUACUAUAAUACAAUAUACAUAAUGGAUUUCAACAGUGUGCUUAAGGAAGGUGAACAAUUGGCUGGUCAAUACCAAAACCAGCAAGGUGGUAGCGGCGGUAACGGCCAGCAAGCCAACUACGCGCAGUAUGCUGAAGAUGCCAAGGACGUCUAUACGUCUUUCAACUCCGCUGACCCAAACUCUAGUUUCAUCAGCAAGGCUGAGAAUGCCUACUCUGAGAUUAGCAACAACCGCCUGUCCUCUAACAACCAGUCUAACAACCAAUCUAACCAGUCUAACAACCAGUCUAACAACCAGUCUAACAACAACCAAUCCUCUUACGACGACAACCAAGGUAACAACCAAGGUAACGACCAAGGUAACCAAGGUGACAACUACUAGAUGUCCG